GUUUUCAAGUUUCCAACUUUUUUUUUCUCUUCAAAAUCGAUCGCCGUUUCCUUCGUACUCUGUCCGCCGUUCACACUUCCGGCGACUUCUUCAAUCCAAAGUUUUAAACUUCGCUGAAAACAUGAGUCGUAACCCGGAGGUUCUUUGGGCUCAGCGUUCUGAUAAGGUUUACCUAACCGUCGCCUUACCCGAUGCGAAGGACCUUUCAGUCAAGUGUGAGCCUCAGGGUCUAUUCAGCUUCUCUGCCCUUGGUGCCCUAGGCGAGCGCUUUGAAUUCAGCUUGGAGCUAUAUGGGAAGAUUAUGCCAGAAUAUCGGAAGAAUGUAGGGCUGAGGAACAUCAUAUUUUCAAUUCAAAAAGAAGAGAAAAGCUGGUGGACAAGACUGCUGAAAUCAGAAGAGAAACCUGCACCUUACAUUAAGGUCGACUGGAAUAAAUGGUGCGAUGAGGAUGAGGAGGUUAACUCUGAAACAGCCUCUGAUGAUGAGAGUGCAUUUGUUGACCAAGAUGAAAGCAGCGACGAUGAUGGAUUGCUCUAUCUUCCUGAUCUGGAAAAGGCAAGAAGACAUUAGCUUAAUGGCAACAACCAACCAACCAGACCAAGUGGAAGCUGAAGAAAAGGUAAAAGAUGAGGGACUGAAGCUUGUUUAAGGUGAUGGAGUUUACUUUGUACCUGAGAAAAACCCAACAACAGAGU